AAGGGCAUGAACAUAAUAAAAUAGAACCAAAGUAUCAAUAUCAAACUGGUAGUAAUUAUAGUAAUAUCAAAAUAACUUCAAGUUUAGCAGUUACAAGCUUGUAUCAAAAACUUUUUUCAAGUUCAAAAACUAAAUUUUUUGGUCUAUAUAUAUUAGGAUACAAUGAAGAUAAGUUAUUAGAAUUAUCUUUAAAAAGUAUUCAAUUUUGUCUAUUUGCUUUUAAAGUCAAAAAAUAUUUAGUUUAUGUAACUAGUUUAGAAAUUGAAAAUGAUAUAAAUAUGAUAAGAGCUGGAAAAACACCAAAUGAUAUUUGGAAAAAUGUUAGCUUAUAUAAAAAAUUUUGUAGAACACAAUUAUUUGGACUUGAACAUUUAUUAACUCAAAAAAUUAUUAGUAAUCAAUAUACACCAACUUGUAUUGCAAUUGCAUGA